GUCCCCCACACAUAAAAUAAAAAUGAAAUUAUUUCAAACCAAAAUCCUAAAGUGGACACAUUUUGAGAAUCCCAAGAAACAUAUAUCCACUUUUUCCUUGUUAGCCUGCGUUGACUGACUCACACAUACACACACAUAGUAGCAUAGUGUUUCUCUUCAAUUCUUCCACAAACUUGUACAUAAAUAGACCCAUUAUUUCCCAUCAUUUUGUUGUGACUAGGCAACAACAACAACUAACAUACACUCACACACACUACAAAACCAUGAAUGAUCUUCAUUAUUCUUCCCUUCUCCUUGGUAGUAGUAGUUUGGAUUAUCACAACCUUAACCUUGGAGUUAUCAACGCGGACAAAUUCUCUUUAAUGAUGCCAGCAAUGUAUGAAUAUGGGAGUAGUAGUGAACCAUCAUUCUCAACUGCUACUCAGGAUUCUUCUGCUGAUCAUUUCUCAACAGGGUAUCUUCAAGAUGCUUUGCUUGAAUUCGGAGAUUGUUCCAAACGUAGGCGCUUGCUGCCAAAUGCUGACAAUCAUCAUGAUCAACAAUAUUCCAAGACUAGUAGUACUGAUCUUGAAAAGAGCUUGUGGAACUUGAACCCCACAUACUGCAUGAACCAGAAUAUAGAAAGCAUUUUUGGACUUUCAGAUGAGGACAUAAUAAGCACAUUUUGGAGCAGAAUAAUGAGAGAGGAAGCAAAGAUUCUUGUAGAAGAAGAGACAACAACAACAACAACUACUAAUACCAUAUUAUCAGGCUCUGAAGAAGAAUCUCCUAAUGCAUCCUCAUCUUCCAAACUAGAACUUGUUACCAAGAAUGAUGAAGAAGUGGUGAUGAGAAACAAGAAGAAGGAGGAGGAGAUGAAGGAGUCAAGAAGUAGUAGAAGAAAAGUGGUGUAUCCAUUUGCAAUGGUGAAGCCAGGAGGAAGAGAAGGAGAUGUGACACUGAAUGACAUAAACGAGAAGAUACUAAUGGCGCCAACAAGACCAGUGAGGCACCCAGUUGGAGACUAUGCAUGUCGGCCAUGCGUGUCUGCGGUUCAAGGUAGCCCAGGCCUUUCAGGGAAAGCUGUGGUGGCCCUUACCAGAAUCCACACUCUUGGAAGAAGAGGCACCAUCACCAUUAUCAGAACCAAAGGCUGAUACUAUAGUUAGUACCACCUUAGCUUCAAAUAAUUCAAUUGUAAAUUAAAGUAGUAUCCAUUUGUAUCAUAUAUAAUAUAAUAUCAUGUCAUGGUUGCUUAGCUUGCAUUGUAUUUGUAUCUGUUAAUAUAUAAAGCUGCUAUCCUAUGCUGUUGUUGUCUGAGAUUGAGGUCCCAACAUUAUUUGAAGAUGAGUUAACUGAUUUGAGUGUUUGUCUGUGGCUAAAAGAAAGAAAGAAGAAGAUCAGAACAGCAACACAUGGUAAAGCACAUACAUAGAAAUAGAGUUAGAGGUGUUUUUGGCACUCUUGUGUUAAGGACUUUAUGUGUUGGACAAGGACACACCAUUAGUUAUGGCACGGCAUUGCAUUCUUUC